AUGGGCCAAUCACGGUCACGUGAUCCCAUCCAACCGUCCACAUUCACUCAUGGUGAUAAUAUGAAUAACAAAUUCGAGUUGGACCUGAAAAAUGCUGGAUCACUCUAUGCCAGACGACAUACACACGCCGUCCUACGGGGUCUCGGCCAUCCGGAUGGGCGAACAUCUGUUCAGCUUAGUCGACCACCUGGUAAUGUCAUCGACCCUGGUAUACCUGCACAUCAGAUCUCUGAUCCUCGCACUCAUUCCUUGUGGGUCCGAGCACGUUCAGCAUCUGCAAGUCAUUUACCUCAGGUGACAAAACCCAGUCCUUUGAAGUCCACUGUAGAUAAACCUGAAAUGUCUCAGCGAGCGCGUGACCUUUCGAGCAGCAGUGCGGGUCCCAUGGCAGAUACUUUAUCAGCUGCCGGAAAAAUUCGAUGCCCUUCCACAGCUGGUGCUGUUGUGCCCUCUGGAACAACGGUCCCGUUUCAACGGUUUCUGACCGGUUUACUUGCUAGUACCUCGCAGUCGACUUCAGGCAGCGAGACGAACCUCAACAUCGUUCAAAACAGUGCGACGGACGACCAGACGUGCAUCACUUCUAUUCCCGCGUCAAUGGACUCACUUGGGUCGGCAUCUGAUCUUCCUCCAGCUGGCAACGUAACACCGAUUCGUACUGCGCAUCCCACCUUGGUAUCUUUGUGGUCUUCCUUGAAGGCAUCCAGCACUCCACUCCCAUGCAUCGUUAUUUUGAUGGCAGAUUCCGAGAAUGGCGUGCCGUUUAUCCAAGCUGUUGGUACAACUGCAUUUCCCGAACGUACAUUUAUGUCGUUCGAUGCGGUGGUUUGGACGAUGAAAUGGCUCUCCGAUAUCGAAACGGUGGAACAAGCAGUAUCUUAUCUACAGACUUUGCUAGACGCUGGUUGGAUCCGCCACGCUUCUGGGAAUCCCGCGCACGCUUUUAUAUUCGGCUGUUAUAUUUAUACGUUACUGCUUCCUGACACCAAGCUACUGUCUCCGACCUGCACGGAUGCAUCCAAUAUUUCGUUCUUAGACGCUGUCGAUGUCACUGGGCAAUCAACACCAAUAACUCCAAGCCAACCACACUUUGCAGGUCUUUCGAAUGCAGCAUCUCAGACCAGUAUCAAUACCUGCCAGAAUUUGGGACAAACAAAAGGAUCUGAUAUUGGUACCAAUGUAUCAAUAGCUCCGAUUCCCGGUAGUCUUACGAUCCAACCGAUGGCAUUCCCUGAGUCGUUCCUUCCCAGGGCUACAUCCGGAUCAACUGAAUGGAGCGCUGACUUUCAAACGGACUGGGCAGAAGUUGCUUUUGCACACAGUGCCUGUAGCUCAUCACGCUCACCCUCCCAUUCAACUACCGAUCUCAAUCGUUACACACUGGAUACUACCGUAAACCAUGGCUUCCCUAGUUCCUUUUGCUCUGGUGGAUUUCUAACGUAUACGAACAUAUCCGCACUUUGUGAUGUCAAAAGCAAGACGGGUUACCAAGAACUGGAAUCUGUACUGUAUAAAAGCUGCUUGUGUGAUUUUGACGACCCAACACCCGAAGGUCGCACGGAAUGGGCACAUGUCCUGUAUACCGCAAACUUCCAUCCACAUUGUGCUUUCACCAUCGAACUCCAAUGGUUGGUUGCCAGUGGUGCACGUCUGACCGAGUUGGUCAACCACUGGCAUAAUCGUGCUGGAAUGAGUGAAUUUCACUUUUUCCCGAUCCCCUGUCAUCCUUUUGGUCAUGCGGGAAUAUUUCCGAAUGUUGAUCCAUUGCGCUGUCCGCUUUCCAUACCGCUCAACGUUGCACCACUUCUCCGCUACGCAACUGAGAUGCUUCCCAAUCGCGCAUCGUCUGCGGGAACUUUGAAAGACUCUCCUGUGUUACCUCCUUCGUGGAAUGGCCAGUCCAGUUAUUCAGCGAUGGUUGUGGCAUCCAAGUUGUUUGUCGGCUAUCCUGGUGAUCAGCAGUUGCACCUGCUUCGUUCAUUUCAACAUCAACUCCUCAAUCGGUUUGGAUUUAUCCGUGACGCCUACGACGCUGACCAAAAUCCCGCUGAUGGAACUAAUUUUAUCAUCUCAACCAUAACCCGGAACUGGACCUACGUGCACUGCAGUGGAAGUAUAUUUGUUAUGAUUCCUGUCUAUCGGACGGAGUCCCACAUGUCAAACUUACCGUCGGAAGAGAUGUCAACCAACCUUACGGGUUGUAACACUUGGACGUCGGUUCAGCCUCCACCGCAGUGCAACCCAAUGAACUCUUCGAAAUCUCCUCAGAAAAUGGAUUCUGCGUUUUCAACCCCAAGCACACCUCAAACAGGCAGAGGAAAUGCAGUAGACAAUCCUGAGUACUACAAUGCUUGUUUUGUAGAACAACUGAACGUCGGUUUCUUUUGGGCUUGGAAUCAUAUGUUACCCAGGAAACGGCGUUGCUACCUAACCGGUGAUGAAUGUUUCCAGGAUGCAAUGCUAGCUGAUUUCCGCGCAUUUAUGAAUGCGGAAGAUGACCGGCUUGUACAUGCGUUUGAGGUGUUCAUAGGAAAUUUGAACUCCUCUUCUGACGAUGAUCCAAAUGAAUCUUUUAAAAAACAAGACUGAGUGCUACUUUGCUAUUUUGUAAAAAAAAACCUUUUCGAAGCAUAUUUUGUGGAUUGUGACGGAUAAGGGAGAUACAUCUGGCGUUAAAAACGGGCCUAUUUUCAGCAAAAUUGGGCUCGUAGUCUGAAAACAGACUCGUCAUCCUUCCGAGCGGCGCGUGACCUCGCUGGGGCAACAGAACCCACUUUUGUGGCAUGUGCACCGGUUACGGGCGUGUUGGUCUUUGUCAAGUGAAGAAAAGAAUGCCUCAGAGCGUCACUGGCUGAAAUGCGUUUAUUUGGAUUCGGUUCCAGCAAUCGGGCCAGGAGAUCAUAAGCUGCUGUAGGAAACACGUGGGAAGCGGGGAGUGCGAACUGACUGGUGCUAUUCUUUGCUUCGGUCCCCUGUGACCCCGGAGACUGAUUCUCCUUAUCAACCGCCUUGGACAGAAGGGGAGGAAGGCCGAUGAAUUUCUUUUCGUGACGUCGAAUCGCGAUGCACCUGGAAAAUCGAGGUGACAGGGAAAAUGAGCAAGGUGCUCACAAAUAUGCGGCUUCGACAUUUACUACUAAGCCCCUGUUGUAGUAGUCUGCCGCAGAUAAUAUUACGCCUUUGAAGGCGAUCUGCGUAUUGCAGAUCAAUGAGGGUCUCGUCAAGACCUUUUUGAGAACCAUGGCUUUGAAAACCUUUCAGAGUUCAUCUAACUAUCUAGUCGGCCACAAAACUGAAUAGGAGUAGAGAGGGACUGGGUAUCCUUGUCGGACAAUACUUUGGGUACCUGAUGUUUUGGAGAGCUCCUCAUAUACUCUCACGCCCCGAAAGUCUGCGAAUACAAUAUAUUAUGCUGACAAACUUGUAAGGAAUUCCUUGCUUAUUAAACGUGUUAAAGAGAACAGACUAGUCGACAGAGUCGAAUGCGUUUUGAAAUCCAGGAAUACUAAAAUCGAGUCGCUGAUAAUUAUGGCGUUGUUCUAGCAUCUGAUGGAGAAGAGUUGAUCAAUACAACCCCUACCAAACUUGUUGCUUUUGGCCCGCCGUAACAGGCCACUUAAGGCAUCACAAAAAUAGCCUUUAAUCGUGUCAAAGCGACAGUCGGCUGAGGCAUGGACAGACAAGAUCAACUUCCUGCUUGUGAAAUUCAUCCACAGACGUUGCUAGAAGAGUCACCCAGGCCGAGACAGAAACAAUCGGAAAGCCAGGUUUGGGUUCGGUUGGGUCCUGCGCUAUAACCGCUUAGCCCUUUCGAGCAGGAAAAUGUCUAUUCUUUCACGGCCACGACUAUCAAAUUUGACGGCAUACCUGAAAGCAACCCUGUAGCGGAAGCGCCCCGCCUUUUAACAUGAUCUCUAAACACUGUCUUCACUCUCCUCAUUCUCUCGCCGUAUACCCUUCUUUGGUUCGAAAACGCUAAUAAGGAGGGGUUGUCUUUAAGACGUAGGGUAGACAAUCUUGACUGCGUGUUCCCCUGAUGACACGUUCAUUAGGUGCGUCGUGCUACUACUACGUUCUUUACCAGUUAUUUUUUUGCUCUAACCGGAAAGGCCCCAGCUCGGUCGUACUUCUCUGAACAGACUAAAACAGGAGAAAACGGAAGUCGUGGCAUACUGAUACUCCCUUCCGAACCAUUUUAUCUGCCUUACCUAACUUCUUAAAAGACAUCGACUAGCAAAUAACUCACUGAUAGGAUAUUCCAAACGUCUGACGUGUGUGUAUGAUGCAGUAACAGCAUCCAUUCCAGUGUAGUAUGUACAAUGCCCUCCAGAAAGAUUACCUUCAGCGAGCUACAAAAUCGGUCAUAAUUCCAAUAAGCUUACCUAGAUUUCAGCUGUUUGUGUGCAAUCCUGACAUGUUUAUUCCAGAGACACUAACGCCAUUGCGACUGUCAUAUUGGAGACUUGUUUCAAACGCACAGAUAUCAAAAGACAUUCAUGCGAUUUCCGUCAACUUCUGCGGCAGCAUUGGAAUUACAUGGCCUAUGGCUCUGAGCUCCCUCAUUUCAACAGUGUUUAUGUUCUUGCUGUAAAGCCUUCUGUGCAUGUACCUACUUCAGUUGCAACGAUCGGUGGUACGGCUUGCUGAUUCUUCUGUCUUUCAUCCGCACAAGCUUGGUCUUCUGCUUUACUAGGGCUCACUCAUAGAUUCGUAACCCACAUCUGAACAUAGCGUGAACUCUUAUUUAUACCCGUGUGGUCUUGAUUAGGCUUAACCCACAGACAUAUAAACGAACGCCAGGAUCACUGCAGUGUUGGAUUGGCCUGUGGGGUAAAUAAGUGACAGCUCUUCAUUUGUGUUCAACCGUCGCGAAACGCAUGCCAAGCAUCCGUUACCACCUCCCGUUCCACAAAAAUCGUUUGAAGUAUCUGCUCAAGAGCACUGUUCUCAGUGAACAUACGGACUAGGAGUGGUACACACGUUUCAUUCACGGUUCCAACCAACAUUCUAUUCCGUUUGGUUCACUUCGGACCUUAAAAAUACAGUUUCUGAAGAUUCUUCGACAGCCUGCGAUCGGUUUCGCUCUUCUUGGGGCACAUCGGGUAGGUCCCCAAAUUUGCCAAUGGGUGUAUUUUGCCAGGAUCGUGACAUCGUUCGCCAGGAAAACCUGGGUAACACAUUGUCUAAAACAAGCAGUGACUGGCUGCUGCUCAAAAGGUCCGUACUGGCUUGCGUGACACAACAGAGAAUUUUAGUUAUCCGCAUACAUGGUGCAGCGAAAGUUAGGUGUCGACUUAGUCUGGCUUUUCUGCAUGGUCACAUGCCCGGGUUAUGCUUCACGAGCAUAUUAUGAUAAGUUACACAUGUGUCUAUAGGGUCAGAGAGAUUUACGGAAACUGGUCCAAAAAUCAAUGUGCUGCUUUUACAGCGAUUUCUCCCUGCGAAAGCAGCAUAUUUUAACUGUUUCCACUGAUUUAAAUCGUGAACUUCAUCUCAGCACUUGAGGGAAUUUUCGGUGAUCGUCUUACUUUUUAGCGAGAAUUCCGGAAGUUAGCCAGGCUUACUGGUGAACACGAUGUUCAAAAUGGAUUGCGUUGAACUUGCCACUGAGCUAUAUGACUCUGUA